UGGUUGAAAAGAAAAUUAUUAUUUUUGAAGCAGGCGCGUCCCAAGGGCAUCUCAUGUCUACUCAUUUACCCUACCAAAAGACGGACCAAAACCAACAAAAAAAAGCUCAAGUCAAGAACCAAAAGCAAAGUCUCAAGUCCCCCACAGAAACAAGAUCAAGAAAAUCACACCCACAAACAAUUCACGACCACCACAAAAUGAUAGAAGACCGCCGUGCCCGGCCUCCCCAUGCCGCCAUCUUGGCGGUGGUGGUGGUUUUAGUCAUGGUAGUGCCGACAUUACUCGGCGACCAAGGUGAAGCCCUUACCGAGUUCAUCGCAGAGAUGCUCAGCCCGGUUGGGCUCCUCCUCCUCCCCAUAAUCCUCCUCCUCAUCAUCCGAUUCCUCUCCUCCGACAGUGGCUCAUUCGUCUCGAGCAUCUUCUCCACCGGAGAACCCAAUACCAUCCACCGUGUCAGUGGCUCGCCGGUCGGAGUUGCACUUGUUCUUGUACUCGUCUUAUUCCUCCUUUAUAACCGUGUAUCAAUCUUUGGAGGUGAUGAUGAUUCAGGAGAUUAAGCUCAAAAACAUAAACUAUUAUACAUGCGUAUAUGUGGAUGUGAAUAUUGUAUUGUUUUACUUGUACGGUAUUAUGAUCUUGCUUAAAAUUUGCUUUUCUGUAAUAAUCUUAUUCUUGAUAAUAAUUGAGAUAUCUUUGAUGGGAUUACUUCAUUUUCAGGGAUCUUUAAUAUGUGUAGAAGUAAAUAGUGAGCAUAUUUUGUACCAACGUAGGGUAUGAGUUUGUAUGAACAUGGAGGAGACUACUACUUGACAGAAGUAUCCUUUUGUUGACA